UGCUUCACCCGUUGUCCCUCUGCACCACCGAGUCUCCCAGAUGCCUACAACUCCUGGGCAGCCCUCAGGGCACCCGGAGGGGCUCCCAGAGCCUACAGAGGAGGUGGCCAUGUGGGCAGUACUGCCCUGUGGUCCUUGUGUUCCCAUCAUGCUGGGCCUGGCCUCUCUUGUAGCCUUCUUCAUCAUAACCACGGCAGUACUGGCCGAACGCCUGUUCCGUCGCCCGCACCCAGACCCCAGUCGGCGUGCACCCAUCCUUGUAUGGCGCCCUGGAGGAGAGCUGUGGAUUGAGCCCACAAGCAGCGCCCGGGAGCGCUCUGAAGACUGGUAUGGCUCCUCCAUUCCCCUGCUGAUGGACAGGGCUCCAGAUCCCCUGACUCCUGGGGGAACCUUGGAGGGCAGAGCAACUGCCCCACCAGCCCCUUCAAUCCCACAGUCUGCUCCCAGCUCCUUAGCUCCCCAGACCCCACCGGAAGUCCCAGCCCAAAGCACCUUCUGGAGGCCUCAGACCCAAGCUGAGAGGCUCCAUGCCGCAGGCCUAGUGAGUUGGGUUGAGCCUGAGACAAGGCUAGAGGCUGGGAUGCAGAUUGGGAGCCCUAAGGCCUGGAGGACAAGGCAAGGGAGCCUGGAACCUGACUGGGGUCUCCAGCCUCGGGUCACCCUGGAAGAGAUCUCUGCAUUCUGGAAGCGGGAAGGCCGGACCAGUGUGGGCUUCUGAAGCCUCAGAGCCUGUAAGACUAGCCUUCCACUUCAGAGGGGCUGAAAGGGGUCAGCUCCAGACUCAGGCCUGGACCUCACUCCAGAUGUUUCUCUAGGCCCUGCCUAAAGCCUAGGGCCUUUUGUGUGGAAAUUUCUAUCUUUGACAUCUGCCUGGUGGGCAGGCUAGAGUGUAGACAGCCUGUAGAUCAUGGCUUGCAUUAAAGUUCAGCUUUGGUUAAACUGCCCAGGUUGUGACUCUGAGAAUUGUCGGCAAGGCUAGUUGACUGUGGGCCAGAAGGUUUCAAGAUGGCGUGUCUGGGUACAAAUUUACCUAAGACACCUUAUUGGAGUGAAGAGGGCCCAUAUGGGACCCGGACCAACAGAGCCAUGCUGGUGGUUAUGUGUCUAUCAUGUGGGCCGGAGGUGGCAGGGAUCUUGCUCUCCAGAGACACAGACUCUGAGAGUGCCCAGCCAUCCUCACCGACUACUGCGAGGCCCUCCAGCAAAAAAUAGAGGCCAGAUCCAGAAGGAGUCUGUGACUAUACAAGCCUUGGCUUUGUCCACUCAAUGGCAACAUGGAAUUUGCUGAGCCAAGCUGAAGCGGCCAUCUCUUGACUAGAGUCAGGACACAGACUCAAAAAGGAUCAGCAGGUUCCUCUGUCCGUCGGCUUAGGCUGCAUACAUGCUAGAACACGGAGUUUUAUUCUUCCCUGUUAAGGAAAGCCUGGACUGAAAAGAACUGAGUUUGUUCCAAUAUGGAAGUGAAGAUUGUCCCAGAGAAGAGAAACUCCCCAAACACAGCCUCCGCCAUCUUUCCCUCCAGCGUGCUGAAGGGAUCCACAAGGCGGGCUUGCUACAAGACAGACUCAGUUAUAAUGGCCCAUCCCACGGAAACGGAGUCCCAGUUAUCUGUGGCCUCCAUGGCUGACUCCCCUUUUAGGAGAGGAGACAAUAGUGGGGAGAGUCGCCCGUCCUUCGAAGGCUAAGCUCCCAAACUUCAGUCGAGAAUAUGAAGAUUUUGCUGUAUCAGGUUUGCCACCUCUUGUCUUAUUAUUUACUUUAUGCAGAUUUUUAGUUAAAUUGGCUCGCUAUUUGCUUAAUAAAUUUGUU